UGGCUACAGCUCCAAUUCAACCCCUAGCCUGGGAACCUCCAUAUGCCAUGGGAAUGGCCCCAGAAAAGUCAAAAAGACACACACACACACACAAAAAUGUUAUGUUACAGAUUUAUUGCCUUUGAAAUCAAUGCAUACUCACCCUUAUGAACGAACCUAGGUUAAUGCCCACUGUAAAUACCAUUGGAAACUUUAGAUUAGCAACUUCUUUAAUGCCAAGGUAACAGUGAUAUGGGCUUAUUCAGAUAUGCUUUCAUCUCUCACUGGGCUUUCACAAAUACUGUGCUAUCAAUCUUGUCAGCCAUAGAUGUGAGGAGUACGAGGUAUAUUCCCUUAAUGCUUGACCCAGACUGUUUUGAUUUUUUAACAGACGUUUUUCAAAUUAAUAUACGUUAAUGCUUUUCAAGUGAGAAGGAAAUCCACAUUUACUGCUUAUUACAUGUCUUACAUGCAUUAUCUUGUUUAAUGUUGUAGUAACUCAAUGAGGUAGAUAUAUUUUACCCCCUCCCUGCCCCUUUGGCAAAUUAGAAAAUGCACCUCAGAGUGGUUACAUCACUUGGCCAGAUUCACAUAGUCAACUACCAAGUCAGUAUCUGUGCUUUCUUAAGAAGUAAGGAAAGGAAACUAGCAUUAUUUAGGGUUUCCCUGGAAAUCACUAGGACUUAUUGGUCCACUCUAGAAAGUGGCCUUGGGAAUAAUGGUCAGUCCACAAGCGAAUAAUUACAUGAUUUUACCUAACCCGUAGGGCCCAAUGAAUCACAAAUUAUCAUAGUCACGGUUAUUGAAAGUAUUACCUGCUUAAACAAGUACUAAGUUCUCUGGCAAAUUGGCAGUAUUCCUGUUGCAAUGGCUGAGAUACUAUAAUGAGCAUUGUGUAGAUCUUGGUCCAGUACAAAGUGAAUUUCAUGGCAUAAUUAGUCCAAUGUAUUGCCAUUGCAGUUUCUGAUACUUUUUUGAUGUUAAGCACUAUUUAUUGUGUUGCAACAGUCUCAUGGUGUUUAAAAGAGUUUUUAGCUCUGGAAAAAAUGGCAAAUUUUUGUCAUAGGUAAUAUUCACUUUGAAUUUGUAUGUGGCUUAUUUCCACUUUGGACGUCCACUUUGUGGCCACUAUGUUCUUUUGAUUAAAGAACACUUUAGAAAUCACUCAUAUUUGUUUCAGUUGUGCCACUGACUCCCAAAGGGGCACACAACUCUCAGGCCCUGUGCUUUUUAAGUGCUUCUGGAAAGUUCAGAUCUUCAAAAAUCUGUGAUUGAAACCUCUGACUACUCCUAUUUUCUUUUACUUUCUCUCCUGCUAUGUAAGUGUAAAAGCAGUGACUUAAAUUGGGAAAACAGCUUGAUGCAAGUCUAACAUUGCCCUCAAACCUUUGGGGAAGGUAAAGGUAGGGGGUGAGUGAGGGAAAAUAAGAACUGGUGUUUUUUCUAUGGUAGUUAAAGAGUACUUACCAGAAGAGAAGCCAGUUGCUUCAGUGCCAGAGAAAACUAAUUUUUCAUUGUCUUACAUGAUACUGCAGAGCUUCCAUGGACCCCAGCAACCCUAAAGGCAGUUGUGGAGUAGAGUUUGUACUUUGUAAUGAUACCCCAAACUUCUCUCAUAUUAUGAAACUAAGAUUUUAUCAAAAACUAUAGCUGAAACUACUUUCCUAGUUUCUUCCUUUCUUCUUCCUCCUUCUCUCUUUCCCACCCACCUGAGCUUGGAGAUGCAGGAUAUUUGAUUGGGAAAAUUUGUUGGCAUGGUUGUUCUUAGUUUAAAAGUAUUGGACUAAAUAUUGGAGAGUACUGUGUGUUUGCUUUUGAUGAGCAGCAGAUACCACCCAGCCCCUGGAUACUGUGGUUACCUCUGUCAGUGUCACACUGUAGGAAUGAGAUGGUUCUAUGUGUUAAAUGGUUUUCUUACUUUGCCAGAAAAAAAAAAAUAGGAAAAUGACUGGGUACUGUCUAGUUUAAGAAAACUACAGUGAAAUGAAAAAACAGCUUGACCACAACUCAAGAGAAUAUAUCUAAAUGAAAAAGAGCUCUAUAGUCUUAUUUUUAAAACUCUAAAUAAGUUUGUUACUGUGCUUUCAGAUAUGAUCACACACAAAAAAAUUGCAAGAUACUUAAAGUGUAAGGUAAAGAGUACCUUACCUGAGUAAAUGAGGUGUGAGUGCUUAACCUCUACCCAUAAAAUAUGACAAUCUUUAAGUCUAGUUCCUUCUUCCCAAGAAUGUCUAGCAUCACACAGUUAUUUAUUAUGUGCCUUCUAAUUGCUUAACAUGAUACGAGGUACUAUGAAAUAUACAGAAAAUAUGUGAGACAUGUUCCCCUGUCCAUAAACAGAGUCUGUGUGUGAGAGGUAAUAGCAAAAGAUAUCAUUAAAUUGCCAAAAUGUGUAAUAGCAGCAGGUACCAUAAGAAUUUAGACUAUGUUGAAGACUGAUACAAGGCAAAACAUCUGGGAUGAUCUUUACAGAGAAGUUGGGAUAGAAAACCGUUAUUCAUAUCAUCAUUCAUACUCAAAGAAUGAAGAAUUUUAAACCAUUCCUGAGUUAAUCUGCUGUAAUGCACCAAGAUACAUCUGAUAGCCUCAACUCUGAAACGACACAAGAAUGAUCACAUUUGCUAUUUUCAGUGGCUGUUGACUUUUUUCACCAUCUUUAGUCAGAAACGGAAUCAUGGGCCUGAUGGUAUCAAAACCAGUAAGUCUAAUAGUAAUGUUAUUUCCCAAGGAUUCCAACAAUGCUUCAUCAUGUGAGGUUAUCAGAGUGGACUAAAACCACUGCUGUUAUCACAACAGUUGGCAUUAAAUAAACCACAUUUUUUCCCUUUGGAAUUUGCUCUGAGGAUUUAAAGAGUAUUAAAUAUCAGCUUAAUGGUAUACCUUCUGUUAAAAUUAGUUCUAGCAAACUGAUACCUGAUUUUCCUCUAUCACUUUCUCUAUCACAGCAUAACUCCAAUUGAAACUCUAGAGCAAACUGAACAUUUUUGCAGUAGUCUAAAGAGCUGUAGAUACUAGAGAUUUAGAAACGAUUCAAAAUUCACAUAAGACUUCUAUGCAUCAACAUCAGCUUUACCUCUGUACCAUCCAUUGUUUCAAAUGGCAGGAUUAGUAAGCCAAGAAAUCCUGGUGUGUGCCCCUAGCUUACUUACUGAAAGUUGGCGUCAAUGAUGUUCUGCUUAAACCAGUAAAUGGAUUGAAGCUGGAUGGUUUUGCAAACUAAUGAGUGGUAACCACAAAAGUUAACAAAAAGCAAAAUACUGUAAAUUUACUAGAUGAACUGAAAGUAAUGGGUGAACUUCUGGUAGAGCUGUAGGAGUAUCUAGUUGAACAUAAGUAGAGUUAUCAGAGUUGGUAAAGUUUUGUUUGUAUAAAGACAUUGUACAUUUCAAAAAACAAGGACUGACUCAUAAAGUAGAAAAACUCACAGCACACUGGGGUGAACCCCCAAAAAGACUAGUGCGCACUACAUGACUUAAGCAUGUCCUUUGCAUCUCUAAAAUAUUUUGAAAUAAAUAUAAAUUACCUCUUGCUCAACAUGGCCAUUGCAGUCCAUAUCUUCCAUGAUGACUGGCUUUGGAAACCAUAUGAACCAUCUUAUCUGCAUCCAUUCUGUCAAUUCUACAUAGACAUAGUCUCAGAACAUAUAUAGUCAUUACUCUGAAGAUUUUUGAAGGACAAAAAACUGUGUAAAGUCUUACCUUCCAAAAUUUCUUUGUAGCAUGAAGUAUAAGAACAGUACCGGCAUAAUUAUAGUAGCAAAUAGAAGGGGACAUCAUUUGGUGUUAGAAUGUUAUCAAAAGCAACUUACACUAGUAUCACCAACUAGGCAGAUUUAAGUGCUAAUCUUUGCUAGUGUGAAAACGAUGAAAUAAUGGAGUUAUUCAGUGUAUAUGAGUAAAAUCAUAUAAUGGACCAAAAGUAAGACAUCAUUCUGGGUAUUGUUAUGCAAAGGAAGAGAAUUAUAGGUCAAGAUCCUAAUUGUGUGAUGCUGUACAAUGUGAUAUGGUAGGUACCUAGCACACGUGUAGAGCCAAGAGUACUACUCUGGAAAUGGCCUACCCUUCCAGAGACUGGAUGAAGGGAGCACGAUGUGGACUCCACAGAAGGGAGUCAGGUCUAGGUCAUCUUGAAGUGGACUCCAGCCAAGAGUCAUGGGGUGGAUCCCGUUUGGGGGUCAGAUGAUUUACUAGAUAGUGAUUGAUGUGGGAUAAAGUACUGCAAAACAGGGCUGAGGAAAGACACAAAGGCAUUAGCCAGAGGAGACAGCACCUAUGCCAGAAGAUUACAGCUGGAAAAACCACCAAAACAGCAAUCCAAAAAAGCCCUCAAAAGCAUUUCUGGGAGAGAAAAAGUAGCAUUUGGACAUUGAAAUCCAUAGGGCACCAAUAUUAGGUUAUGCAUGUACCAGUUAAGUAAGACCUAUCAGUUUUUUGCUUCUACUUUGUCUCCCCACUCCAAUCUGGGGUAUCGAGAGACAGCUGAGUAACAUGGAUAAAAAGCCUAGAAGAGUGAGGGGUGGGGAAUAAAGAAGUUGACUGUCCAUCUUGGGUGUUGAGUCCAGGCUUCAUCUGAGAGAAAGGAGAAAAUUUCAACUGGAUGAGUGAUAACAUUAAACUGGGCUGAUCUUUGAAAAACCAGAAAGCAACUUUAAAAAGCAGAAGAAAAGAAGAAAGGUGUUUAGAGGUUUUCAAAGGGGACUUGGUGAGAAAUAACCUAUUUUCUUUCUACUCACAACCAACCAGGACCAGUUUGGGCAAUAAACCAGAUACAGAUACCAAAAGUCUUUUUCCCUAAUGCAAUUAAUAAUUUUAAAUCUUUUAAUAUAAAGGGUCCUUUAAAAGUAGUGUACAUGAUGUGUUGUCCAGCACAAACUGAGGAUUUCCAUUCAAAUUAACAAACUAAAUAUAUCUGCUCAAAAUUUGUCACCAUCCUUCUUUGCAGCAAUUAGUCCCAGUCGGAAGAGGGUUAUGAGUAACCCUGGAACCACAAGCAGAUCCCAGAAGACCUGAUGACUAGUUGGGUCCCUGCUAGGAUUCUUGAUACUUCUCUUUCCACAUUUGCAGAUUGCAAUGAUAGUCUCUAGAAUAUAACCCCCCCUCCUUUAAAAUAGUAGUGUUUCAUUUAUCUCUCCCUCUGUUCCUAGUGCCACGAACAGUGCCUGGCACAUAUGAGAUAAUAAACAUUGAGGAAUGCCAUUCCUGCCAAACUCACAAGAAUACUGUGAAGAUCAGAUGAGGUGGUAGAUGUGACAGCAUGUUGUAAGCACGACACCAAAGCCAAAGGAGAGACCCUUCAAGAACUGCUCAGUCCAGAAGAGGUGGGAUUAUUGGAAGCAUCGAUGCUUUACCCUGAGGAGCCUGCAGUUUGCUAAACAGAAGCUUCUCCUGGCAUGAGCCACUGCACAUCUCAUCAGACAGACUGAGCCCUUGCUCUGUGCCCUGCACCCAGAGUAAGGAGAAGGAGCCACAGCAAGGUUGGUGCAACAGGCUACUGAGGCACAGAAACCACAGUGCAAGUUAAAAGCACUCAAGGCAUUGAAACAUGGACAUCUGGCCCAGCAACUACUUCAUGCAACAGAGUUAAGAGGAAGAUUUAAGAGGCAUGGACCCUUGCAUCAGGUUUGGAGGAAAGUAGAGUGAACACAGAGAGGCCAGACGACCACUGAGACCCAUGGACAGUCCCACACUCACACUUCCCUAUCGAACUUUAAGAUUUCCCAGUAAUAUGCUGCCUUUGCCAAAUGAAAAGAAACUAAUGCCAAGAAGGCACACUCUUCAGUAUUGGGAAUAGAAGUGCUCUCAGGACAAUGGCUUCAAAGGUGUCCUGCUUAUAUGUUUUGACAGUUGUGUGCUGGGCCAGCGCUCUCUGGUACUUGAGUGUAACUCGCCCUACUUCUUCCUACACUGGCUCCAAGCCGUUCAGCCAUCUAACGGUUGCUAGGAAAAAUUUCACCUUUGGCAACAUAAGAACUCGACCCAUAAACCCCCAUUCUUUUGAGUUUCUUAUCAAUGAGCCCAACAAAUGUGAGAAAAACAUUCCUUUCCUCGUCAUCCUCAUCAGCACCACCCAUAAAGAAUUUGAUGCCCGCCAGGCAAUCCGGGAGACCUGGGGGGAUGAGAACAACUUUAAGGGGAUCAAGAUCGCCACCCUCUUCCUCCUGGGCAAGAACGCGGAUCCUGUGCUCAACCAGAUGGUGGAGCAAGAGAGCCAAAUCUUUCACGACAUUAUUGUGGAGGACUUCAUUGAUUCCUACCAUAACCUGACCCUCAAAACAUUAAUGGGCAUGAGAUGGGUGGCCACUUUCUGUUCGAAAGCCAAGUACGUCAUGAAGACUGAUAGUGACAUUUUUGUCAACAUGGACAACCUUAUUUAUAAGCUGCUAAAGCCCUCCACCAAGCCAAGAAGAAGGUAUUUCACCGGCUAUGUCAUCAACGGAGGGCCCAUCCGGGACGUCCGCAGUAAGUGGUACAUGCCCAGGGAUUUGUACCCCGACAGUAACUACCCACCCUUCUGUUCGGGGACCGGCUAUAUCUUUUCAGCUGAUGUGGCUGAACUCAUUUACAAGACCUCCCUCCACACAAGGCUGCUUCACCUUGAAGACGUCUAUGUGGGAUUGUGUCUUCGAAAGCUGGGCAUACAUCCUUUCCAGAACAGUGGCUUCAAUCACUGGAAAAUGGCCUACAGUUUGUGUAGGUAUCGCCGAGUUAUCACCGUGCAUCAGAUCUCUCCAGAAGAAAUGCACAGAAUCUGGAAUGACAUGUCAAGCAAGAAACAUCUCCGAUGUUAGGAUUUUUACCAAUGUAAAUACAUUUUCUUUUCUUUUUUAAGAAACGAGGCCUAGAGUAUAGGUGUUUUACAGGUGUCACUGGGGAAAUGAACUGGUGAAGGGGUUUUGUAAAAAGAGUUUUUCUUCCCACUCCGAGUUCCUUUCUUAGAUUCCCAAUUUACACAUGCUAAGCUCUGAUCAUAGAAAUAAUACAUGAGUUUAAAGGGCCAGAUUUCACUCUCAGGUCCUAAGGUAAAUUGCAUUUAUCUCAAAAAGCAACUUCCUAACAACUGCUAGGAUUUACAUACUUUGCAUCUGAGAUAAAAAUCUGGUUCUGGGAAACCAGAACUCAUGGCAGUGUCUUCAUAUUCUCUCUGCAAAAGUGAAUACAUAAGUAAAUAACACUAUAUCCAAAAACAAUUUAGAAAUAAUGCACAGUCAGGGAGACACACUGGAUGUGAUCACUAAUAUUGUACCUGCUGUUCCAUUGACUUUCUAUGUAUGUUGCCAUGUAAUGUGUACAGUGUUUGCAGUUACACCAAGAAAUGAACUUAGUACUGGCAGGGAGGCUGCAGUUAAAUGGGAAUAUAAACUUGAGAAUCAAACAUUCUUUAUGUUUGGAAGACAGCUUUGCUUACUCAUCUAAGAAUUAAACCUGGUCAGUGGGUGGAAUGUAUAUAAAAUGCCACUUAACAAAAUAAACAGGGGAAUUUUUUUUUUUUCACUCUUUCAGAACAAACAUGACCUGGUGCCUCCAAGGAGACUUUGCCAAAUGUAAUCUCAUCUGCUUCCCUCCAUAUAGCGUCGCUAAGUACAUUUUACAGUUUCUGGCUCAGGCAGGCCCGUGUAUAGAAAUAAGUUGGUAGGGGGCCAGAAGGACAAUAAAUAACAAAGAGAAAAUACAAAUUUAUGUAUGCAUUAUAAUUAACAUAACCUUAGCACUAGUGUCAGAUGCCCCUUCCUCAUAGUUGCAAAGCAUGUGAGAAAACCAUUUGAACAGGUAGCAAUGUUAUUGAAGGUUUUAUCCCAACUGUUGAUAGAUGUCACUCCCCAACAUCCAAAAUAUCCAAGUACCUCUAACAGCAGUGCUGUUUGAGGGGGUAUUCUAGAAGCUUUGUGCUUGAGGUUUAUAGGAAGGAAGGGCAGGGAAGCUUGGGUUCAAGUUCUGUUGCUGCCAUCAUGUGGGUCAUGUAAGCAGGCAUCAUCACCUUACUGUGCUUCAACAUUCUCAUUGAUAAAAUAGCUGGAAAAACACCUACCUCACAGGUACUGUGAGAGCAAAUCACAUUUGCUAAGUAUUUUGAGAUCUUUAGUUUCAAAGGUGCUACAUAAUGCAGUGUGCCAUGCAUUAUGCUAAAUGCUAAAAUAAUUAAAUAAUUACAGUGAUGGUCACCAGUAGUAAUAACAUCAUCUUAGUAUAAGAUCUGCCAAAAUCAAGAUCAAAUAUAAACGAUGAGUGUACCUGAUUCUUCUAAGACUUUGAGUCUUCCUUGAAUAUGUUAGGUGUUUUGGGAAGCUUCAAUUGCUCUGUCAUUUCUUCUGGUUUCCAUGAAGAAGUUGUUACUUCAGUGCAUUGCCUUGAUAGCCCUGGUGCCAAAACGGAAGGCAGCUGCCUUUCUCUGGGGAAAAGCCUCUGGCAGGGGUGUAUUACAGUCAUUGAAGCACAUGCUUUGUAAAAUGUUUCACAUCAGCUUAGAUCUCAGGAAACAUUUGAUCUGAAUUCUCACUAAGAACUUUGAGGACUGGUAGAGCUCAUCUACCUCUGGCAGAAGAAGAAUAGACACUCAGCAAAUCCACACACUGCACAUUUCUAUCAUUCAUUAGAAAGCUUCUGUUUGUUUUCGUUCAAAGAAAGCUCCACACCUGAAAGAGUAUACCUUUUUUUUCUUUCUUUAACCCUGACCUUUGCAAGCCCCCCUAGGUGUUGAUAGCAAACAGGUAGACAAAAAUGUACAAACGGAACUCAUGGCUUAUUUCUGAAAACACUGCAACUCUGAUCUCCAGCCCAAGAGAACCCAAUAGGAGACAGGCCUUCCUAUUCCUUAAUACAUCUUCAUCUUAAGUCAGCAGGACUGCUGAGUUUUACUAGAAAAUAGCACUAGGUAGCCCGGGGAGAGAUGGAGCAGGCCAAAUCGAGCCACCAUCCAAUCCCCAAUGCUCAACUGCUGUGAAUUCCAGUCACUGGAAAGGUCUCACGACUUUGAACUUGGUUCACCUGUCAAUCACAUAGUCGAAUCAAGGAUCAGUCUCCUACUGACAUCUUGCAUUUCCCUCACGAUCAGUCGAGCCACCUUUGGUGUCAAGGACUUGCACAUUAAAAACAUAAUAUGUGUACAUCUGUGAAUUGUUUUAUAUAUGUGUGUGCGUGUGUACAUAAUGAAUAGAGCCCUAAUCUUUAAGAGGAGCAAAAAUCACAGAAUCACAUCUUAAAGAACUAUUUCCUAACUUUUUUAUGCUAGGUAGUACCCAUGUGACAAACAUGUAAAUAUUCAUCAAAGACCACAUGUAUAUAUUUUAAAGGCAUUUUUUCUUCUCCCCAGCUGUACGUAUAACUAGAAUCUGCUUGCUGUGUACAUUUUCUUCUGCAUGAAGUUUGGUGAGGCGAGGCCAUUUGUCCAGUAUUUCAAUAUCCUAAAGCAUGUUUGCCCUUUGUUUUUUGAAUGUUCCAAAAUGUUUAAUUGAUCAGGAAAAAGCCCUAAUUUUCUGCUUUUCUUAACUUCAUGACACUGACCAAAUUAUGAUUUCAGUGAUUUGUUAAGCCAUUUUUAAAUUUAUCAUCUCUUUGACAUAAAAUAGUUUCAGACAACAUUGUACCGAGAGUCAUUCAGACAAUUUUUACAAAAACUUUUUGACUGUCCCCUCACAUGUUUUGUUCAUUAUGCAUUGGAUAACAAAAGGUAUUCAACACUUUGUGUCUACACUCUUAAAUUUUCAUUUAAAAUUUUAUUUUUCAAAAAAAAACUUUUAAUUUUUGGUGGCUAGUUUGUGUGGCUUUGUGUCUUCUUAUAUUGGAACAAAUGCUCUUUUCAAUAUACAUUAUUGUAUUUUAAAUAACCAGAAUCAAACAAUGAAGAUCAUUUUUGAUUUGGAAUAAAUUCAGAAGAACAAAACCCCUUUGCGUGAUGUGAUAUGGGGGAAAGAAACUCUUUACGGAGAAGCUAAGGAAGGAGUUUUUUUCAAUCAAAUCUCUUCUAUCAAAAGACAAUGGAAUAUUUACAUAAUGCAUCUGGGAUUCAUUUUCUACCUUUCCUAAUACGUGGGUUUAGUGGGGGAAUUGAUUACAUCAUUUCUUCUGUAAAGGUGAAGAUAGUUUUUAUAAGCAACAAAGUAACUUGUGAAUGAAAGAAGUAAUUUACUAGAAACGCUUGUUGAUAAUAAUUGACAUUUAGGUAUAUCAUUAUAUAUGAGUGAUUGUAUUUAUGUAUUUAUUUGUCAAAAUUGUACAUACUAUUUCACCAAACGUAAUUGUCUGUAAAAGUGCACUCUCCAGGUUUGUAGUACUACUUAGGGUUACAUGGGUUGCCAAUCAAGCUGCUAAUCAGAAUAUUAUUUUUUGUAUCAAUGUUAUAAAACUGAAAAGUGACAAAUAGAUGCUGAAAAACGCCUUUACAUUCAGUUUCUUCACUUUCCUCAUGAAAUGUAAACUGUUGAUUGAAAGCACGAUGCUAAUGUAUAAGCCCAUCUGUCAUGAGGAAGAUUAUGGUUCCAUAAAGCUGAUUUUUUUUAAGCCACUGGGACAAAUAAACAGAAGGAGAACAUA